GCUACGAUGCCUGGUGUCUUUUCUCCUUCACACCACCAACUGCCCUACAUCCUCUUCUGAGCACGAAGACAAACACAUGGUUGUAACACCCAGAAACUCAUAGAAAAUUCUAACCGAACAUGGCAAUCCUCACCUGCCUUCCGGGGCUUGAGGUUGCCGUGGAGGUCGACGGCCAGCGUGCGCGCGAAUACGAAGCCGACCCAGAUGAAGUUGAGUCGCGCGCCAAAGAGAUCAGCUAUUAUUCAUUCCAGCAGACUCCGGACCACAAGAUUCCCUACGUGCUGAAAUACAUCGAGGCCAAAGCAGGCAAGCCCUUUGCCUUCAUCCUUGACGCGACAAACUUCCACGACUUCAAGAAGACAGAGCCAAAAAUUUAUUGGUGUUGUUCCAUGGAUGGAUUCCACUCCGGCUACAGGCGAGUGUCCGUUGGUACUGAAAACAAGAGAUCCUGUUGUAAGACUGGCAGCCAAGCGACCGGCUGGAAACGACACACUUUUCACUUUGGCAGCCUUGAUGUUCGGGAAGGAGGGGACGGUACUCAGGCGGAGGCCGCCAAGCACUACGGCACACUUGUUGUCAACCUUUAUCUCAGGGUCAAAACUGGCGGUGUUAUACCGUUUAGGGACAUAGACGGUCCUAUCCCUAUUCUCUCUGUUGGUGAGAAGGACUUGAAGGGCAAAGCCGUUGACAGCAAGGUCAGUUUUGAGUCUGAACCCAUUGAUCGCCCUGGUCAAGUAGCCACUUCAAGAAAUGUCGAUCCGCAUCACCGACCCAUCGCCGUCUUCGAAUUCCGUUACCGCACCAUGGAGGGUCUUUUGCAGGAAGGCAUUGUAUCUCGCCCGGUCGAGAAGGCCGAAGGUGUUCACGUCGAAGAGGAAUACCAGGUACAUCCGCGCGUCAAACCCGAAAACGAGGAACGCCGAGGUGUCAAGAAAGAACGACCCAUGGACCCUACCUCCUCUCCCCUUUGCUACAAGCUGCGCCGCCUGGAAAACGGAAAGGUCGAGAUUGAUCUGACGGACAACUGAUGUCUGGAGGGAGCAUACGGACGUCAACUGGUACGUGAAGGAAUUCGGCCGUGUAAGGCACUGGGAACGACUCAACGCUCAAAGAUGUAGAACAGCAUGGAAAUGUCUUUGAAUCACAGAAAGGUACGCCGAUAUGUGGUUCCGAAUAGGUAAUCUCCAUUUUACAUAGCAGUUAGUCGAGAUAUCACAGUGUGUUUAGCGAAAUGAAACAUGAAUGUCAACAAG